AGUCGUGCUUCAUAUCAAUCAUUCAUCCCACAACAGCAACAGCAACAGUAUCAACAUCAGGUCAUUCAACAACAACCACAAUACAGACCUGCACCUGUACAGUCUUUGAAGUCAAGCAAUCUAGUCCCACCACCACAAGCUCAGGUGCCACUGCAGCCACAACAACCACUUCAGUCACAGGCGCAACAAGCACCAGAGAAUGACUUCUUUUUGGAUCUUAGCGAGUAUGGUCAGCGUAUACGUGUCUGUGUUCGAAAGAGACCUCUGAACAAGAAGGAGCUGACAAAGAAUGAAAAGGACAUCCUGGAGAACAGUGGAAAGAAGGAGUUGUUGGUCCAUGAGCCAAAAGUCAAGCUGGACAUGUCCAAGUACACAGAGAAGCACAAGUUUGUCUUUGAUGAGGUGUUUGAUGAGAACUCCAAUAACUAUCAGAUCUACUUGCACACUGCCUACCCACUGGUCGACUCGAUCUUCCACAAGGGCAAGGCAACCUGCUUUGCCUACGGCCAGACUGGCUCGGGCAAGACCUUCACAAUGAUGGGCUGCAACGGCGAUGGUAUCUAUGCGCUGGCCGCACGUGACAUCUUCCACCGACUCAACACCUACUUCCAGGAUCAGCUGGAGGUGUACGUCAGCUUCUUUGAGAUCUACGGAGGCAAGCUGUUUGACCUGCUGCACGACAGGAAGCAGCUGGCUUGUCGCGAGAACGAGAAGAAGAACGUUAUCAUCUCGGGUCUGGGUGAGCGACGCGUGAGCAACGCACAGGAGCUGAUGGGCAGCGUGGACGAGGGCAACAAGAGCAGGUCGACUGGCUCCACCGGUGUCAAUGCCGACUCGUCUCGUUCGCACGCCGUUCUCCAGAUCUCGCUCAAGAACAUCAAGACGACCAAGCUGCACGGCAAGUUCUCCUUCAUCGAUCUGGCAGGCAGUGAGCGUGGUGGAGACACCUACGACAAUGACAAGCAGACCAGGAAGGAGGGUGCCGACAUCAACAAGAGUCUGUUGGCACUAAAGGAGUGUAUUCGUGCACUGGAUCAGUCGUCCAAGCACACACCCUUCCGUCAGAGCACGCUGACACAGGUGCUAAAGGAUUCGUUCAUUGGCAACUCGCGCACUGUGAUGAUUGCCAACGUGUCGCCCAAUCAUUCAUCGUCCGAGCACACACUCAACACUCUUAGAUAUGCCUACCACGUCAAAGAGCUUGGAUCCUCCGAGGCCAAGACCAAGAUCGUUCACUCAUAUAACAUCCCUGCGCCACUUCCUCCACCCGAUCAUCUUGCUGUCAAGCCAGUAGUCUCCUCAACGCCAGACAUCAAUAACAACACCACUACUGCCGUCGUCGCCAACAACAACAACAACAACAGUAACAGCAACAGUAGCUUCAAAAGCAAUAACACCGUUGUCGCCAAUGAGCCACAAUAUUACGAUAACAAUAACAUCAACAACAACAGCAGCAGCAUGGUCAACAACAGUGCCAACAGCAUGCCAUCACAACUACAAAGGCCAAAGUCAAUGGCACUGUCCCAGGCUCCACAACAGGUGUCCCAACCACCAGCAGUCGUACCACAACAACAACAACAGCAGCAACAACAACAAGCAUCACCAAAGUUUGACUAUGUCAACCAUCACCGCGCACACCUGGAUCAACUGGCAGACAUACUAAAGAAGGAGAUGGUUGCGAUUGCCCACUUUGAGAACCGCAACAUGACGAUAGACACGUAUCUGGCCACGAUCGAUCAGCUGUUGGACAACAAGCAGAUGCUGAUAAAUAAUAUGCGGUCGGUCAUCCAGCACCAACAGAUACAACAACAACAACAGUUGCCACCACAGCCACCCGCAGCCACCACUGCUCCAGCAGCACCCGCGACAAACGGACCGGCACCAUCUGGUUUGAGGGAGCGUGCCCGCAGCCUGAUCCAGCCGCCCAAGACAUUCACUCGC